ACUGAUAAAUACACUACCCACGCAAGGGGCAUAACUGUGCAUGGACUAUUUGCUUAGAAUUAUAGUCACAAACAUCUGUGCUGUCAGGUGAAGUAAACAGUGAUCCGUUCAGUCAGGACAAAGACAUCUUCCAUAAUUCAUCCCAAAACACGGUUUUGCAUGAAUACUUCGAUGUCGAAGGUGUAAGUGGACACUAAUCAUGGCACAUUUAAUCAGAAGAGUUUCGCGAUAUCCAACACUUCAAGUUUGGGCAGGAUGUGUUCGUUUCAGAUCUACCGCGGAAGCAGGGUCGGCCAGAUACGAAUUCGCUUCGGCUAAGCCCUUCAUGGACAUCCCUUUUAAAAAAGGAUAUCCAAUAAUAAAUAAUUUGCCGGAAUUUUUGCGAAGACCAGGAAAAGGACAUGAAAUUAUCUGGUCCCGGCAUCAACAACUUGGGCCGAUUUUCCGAGAAAAGACUGGAGUGUUUGAUACUGUGAUGAUCAACGAUGUGGAGGCUUUAGGCGACUUUCUCCGCCAAGAGGGCAAAUACCCGAUGCGGCCACAGUUCCAAGUUUGGGAUCAGUACAGGAAGGAUUCAGGGGAGUCUGAUGGCGUGCUUACUGCAGAUGGUCCGGAAUGGCAGCGCAUGCGCAGUGUAGUAGACAAACCACUGAUGAAGAUCAAGACUGUUGAGAGUUACGCUGACGAUUUCAACAUUGUAACCACCGAGUUCCUGGACAGAUUGGCGAGUAUCAGGGACCCUGAUGGGGUUGUACAAAACCUGGACGUGGAGCUCUUCAACUGGUCACUGGAAUCUAUAUGUACGCUACUGUACAACAAACGAAUGGGGUGUUUAACCGACACCCGCAGUCCCGACAGUGAACAGUUUGUAAAGGCAGUUAGGUCUAUGCUUGAGACUACUGCUGAGAUAGCGGUCUUUCCCCCCUGGCUGGCCAAGCUUCUCCGACCAUCCAAAUACAGGGAGUUCACACAAUCCUGGGACACAAUCUUCCGAGUGGCUCGACAGUGCGUGGACGAAGCUCUGGUUAAACUGAAGUCUAGGACCGUGAGCGAGGGAGAGGAGGAGGAGGUUGGGUUCCUGGAGUACCUGCUUCUGAAAGACACUUUGUCCAAAAACGAAAUAUACGCCAACGUCACGGAAUUGAAUAGUGCUGCUGUCGACACGACGUCAAACACCCUCCAGUUCAUCUUAUAUGAGGUUACCAAGAACCCGGAUGUUCAAAAGAAGCUGAGAGAGGAACUGGAGAGGUCGGUGCCCCCUGGGGAAAUCCCCACCCCCGUACAUCUCAGGACUAUGCCCUACCUGAAGGCAGUUAUCAAAGAAACGCUCAGGUUGUACCCUGUCGGGAGCUUCGUAGGUAGGGUGGCCCAGGAAGAUGUGGUUAUCAUGGGAUACCAGGUGCCAAAAAGGGGUAGGUACACACCCUGAAUGAAAAAUAGUCAU